CCGAUUCAAUCAACAGGGCACUUCCACCCUCCCUCAGUAAAGGAAGGCUAAGUGACUCCUCCUCCUGCUUGCUAUGGACUUGGAUGAAUGAAUGAAUAUCCAGCCCACCCUGGGAGAAUCUUGCAUGCACCACCACCAAUAACCGAUACCAGGAAUCCACACGCAGAGAGGGUCUUUGCAUCAGAUCGCCUCUUGGACCCCCUCCCAGCGCCAGCCAUCGUCAUUCUGCCGAUCGUGCUGUGUGCCCCUGUCAACUGCUUAGUUGUGACCAGGUUAUGAGCACUCACCAGACUACUCCGUGCCUCUACUAAAGCUCUGAUAACUCAAAACAAGCGCUUGCAAUUUG